AUGUCCACCCAAGUCAAAUACGAAGACGAUGACCUAGAGUUGUACGGUGAUAUCGAUCACGAGGAUGGCACGGGCGAGCUCUUGGAUCCGGACUUUCAAAAGGACGCUAACGAUGAACGGGACGAAGGUGCCGUGGCUAACGCGCUCGGUGACGAGGACGAGUCGAUGACGGGCACGGGUGCGGCCACAUCAGCCACGCAGGCCCAGGGUCAAGGUCAAGGUCAAGGUCAACAACAGCAACAACCCGCUCCCAUCCCGACUUUUCAAUCCAAUAACAGUCAGUUCCAAAACCAAAGUCAGAAUCAACCCCAGGCCUAUCAACAGGGCCAACAAGGGGCCGGAGGUGGAGCUCCUUAUGCCCGAGCGUACAAUGGGGAUGACGGGAGGGGGAGAGGGGGAGGAUCCACCAGCGAUGGAAAUGAAGAAGGUCCCGGUUCCUGCCCCCCUUGUCCUGCGGUCUAUCGGGAUCGACAUCGGUCAGGAGUGCGUGGGCGCCGCGAAAGAGGUGGUUCACCGCAGAUGAUUCGAGCGGACGCUUUCUUCCUUUCGGAUGGACCGCUAUAUCUAGACUGGACGCUAUCAGACGUAGAUCUUGAUUAGGAAGACUGAUAUAGUUCUCGUAUUACUCUUUCGGAUACUCUACUUCGGUAUCUGCAUUUACGGAAAUAAACAACUACUGCCCGUAAUAUAUCUCACUUUACGCUACGGUUCGCCUUAUACCUGCAAUAUCUACCGAUAACUACUACUGCUACUACUUCUACAUCUAAUAUUCUACGGCGAACGAUCCUAUACUGCCCAUCUGCUAUCAAUACUAUCACUUCUACCUAUACUGCGGAUGAAUAUGGCCCCGGAUGGGAAUCGAUGAAUCUGAUGACCUUGAAACCGAUUCAUCCACUGGAUGAUAUUCCGGUGUGAUAUAUUCACGUCGGCCGUAUCCCCACACGUCCUCCACAAUCGUACUGGCAUGGUACAAUGGAAACGCCGGUGGUUAUAUCUUUGCCAAUUGCAUCACACUCGUUCGCCC